AUGAAGCAUCAAAAGAAGAUGGGAGGAGUACACAGAGUCACUGGAUCAACAGAAUCGGCGGACAAAGAAGAAUUUUGUGAAUCAGAAUAUUAUCAAGAAACAAUGAUGUCUGUAUCUGAGUCCAUGAUGGGUGAAAACCAGUCCCUUUGCACCAGAUUUACGUUUGUAGCUUUUUCCUCGCUAGCAGAGUUGCAGUCUUUGCUCUUCGUUAUCUUCUUAGUUACCUAUUUGUUUACAGUGGGAGGGAACCUCAUCAUCAUUUGCCUGAUCUGGGUCACUCCUUCCCUGCACACUCCCAUGUAUUUCUUCCUGGUGAAUCUCUCCUUUCUGGAAAUGUGUUAUAUCAGCAGUGUGGUGCCUCAGAUGCUAGUGCACUUGCUGGUAGAGACCAAGACCAUUAGCUUAGCAGGCUGUGCAGCUCAAAUGUAUAUAUUCGCCAUAUUGGGACUGACAGAAUGUUGUCUGCUAGCAGCCAUGGCUUAUGACCGCUUUGUAGCCAUUUGUUACCCACUACAUUAUACACUCAUGAUGGGCCCUGGUGUGUGUUUGAAACUGGCUGCAGCAUCUUGGACCACAGGAGUGAUGGUGGAAUCUGCUCAGAUCACUUGGGUCUUUACUUUGCCCUUCUGUGGAACAGGACAGAUUCAGCACUUUUUUUGUGAUCUCAUGCCUGUAGUGAAACUGGCCUGUGUUGACACUAGCCAGAAUGAGAUUGUGAUAUUUGCUGUCUCUGUGAUUUUCAUCAUGAGUCCCUGUCUUCUCAUUCUGUGCUCCUAUGUGCGAAUUCUUGUGGCCAUCAUGAGGAUCCCCUCAGCAGCGGGUAGACGCAAAGCAUUCUCCACUUGUUCUUCUCAUAUACUGGUUGUUUCUCUGUUCUAUGGAACUGCCUUAUUCACUUAUCUCCAACCCAAAACUUCCCACACUCCAGAAACAGACAAAGCAACUGCCCUCAUGUACACAGUGGUCACUCCAGCCCUGAAUCCUGUCAUAUAUACCUUGAGGAAUAAGGAAGUGAAGGAAGCUUUUCAGAGGGUAAUACAAAGGAAACAUCCUUGA